UUUCAUUCAGCCCGGCGACGCGGAAGUGGCAUCGGCAUCUCGCCGACAACUGUCUAAAGCAUCAACGUACUCGCAGAUAUAAGGUGUAUAUUUGUUUACUAACGUAACAUUGUGACGAUAGAUUUUAAGAGACGAUUGUUGGAACAUUCUGCACGGUUCAAAGUGGCAGAAUGUCUUCAACAGAAGGCGAAGGGGAGGCACAGGUGACCACAACAGAAGGUAUCCUGAAAGCAGCUGGAAAUGACGAGCUGAAAUUCGGAUUGUUAAUUGGCUUGAUCAAAGUGAAGCAGGUGACAAAUAAAGAUGUUGUCAACACAGUUCUCCAUCUGCUGGUGGGAGAAGAAUUUGACAUUGAGAGUAAUUUCAUCAUCCAGGAGCCACAGAAUAUUCUUCACACACUUCGACUCCUCACCAAUUGUCCUGUCACACUGCAGGCAGAGAUAUGGAGUGUGUUUACAGCCAUUUUGAAGAAGAGCCGCCGGAACCUGCAGGCGUGUACAGAAGUAGGGCUGAUCGAACACGCACUUAACCUCCUCAAGGACACCGAAGACGUCAUAGCUGAUCUGAUGGUGGAGAUGCUGGGUGUUCUGGCUACCUACAGUAUCACUGUUAGGGAACUCAAGAUGCUCAUCAGUCUACUCAAAGCCAUGGACGGCAAGUGGCCCCAACAUUCCGUGAAGCUGUUGUCCGUCCUCAAACUGAUGCCGCGACGAGAUGGCCCAGAUGAGUUUUUCAGUUUCCCCGGUAAAAUAGGAUCUCAUAUCAGUCUACCACCAAUCAAAACGUGGCCGUAUCAGAAUGGCUGGACAUUUUCCUGUUGGCUGCGACUUGAUCCUGUCACCGGUGUUACAGUGGAGAGGGAGCGCCCAUACCUGUACUGCUUCAGAACAAAUAAAGGGGUUGGAUACUCAGCCAACUUCCUGGGGAACUCGCUCGUACUUACCGCUAUGAAGGUGAAAGGAAAGGGAUUCCAGCACUGUGUCAAACACGAUUUCCAACCCCGAAAGUGGUACAUGGUGACGCUAGUCUAUGUCUACAAUCGUUGGAGUAAGUCGGAGCUGCGGUGUUAUGUUGACGGAAAGCUUGUUUCCCACACAGAGAUGUCCUGGCUCGUCAAUACAAGUGAUCCAUUCGACAAGUGUUUUCUGGGAGCAAGUUCAGAGGUUGAGGCUGACCACAUGUUCUGCGGUCAGAUGUCCAGUGUGUACCUAUUUAGUGAGUCACUAUCCCCACAACAGAUUGCAGCUAUCUACCAGCUAGGACCUAACUAUAAGAGUCAGUUUAGAUUUGAAAAUGAGAGUGGUCUGACUGGAAACAACAUUAACAAAAAGCUUGUGUAUGACGGGAAGCUGACAAACAGUAUCUUGUUUAUGUACAACCCCAUGGCCUGUGACAGUCAGCUGUGUCUGGAAUCUUCUCCCAAGGGAAACCCCUCCUACUUCGUACAUGUACAGCACGCCCUCAUGUCACAGGAUGUAAAGGCGGUGAUAACCCAGUCCAUUCACAGCACGCUCCAUUCCCUCGGUGGUGUACAGGUGUUUUUCCCACUUUUCGGUCAGUUGGACUUCCCUGUGGACAAAGGCGACAAGUCUGAGGUAGACCACACCAUAUGUGCUAACCUGAUGAGUAUCUUACUGAACCUGCUGGAGAGCUCCGUCACCAUACAACAACAGAUGUUACAGAACAAGGGAUUCCUGGUCAUUGGUUAUCUCCUGGAAAAGGCGUCUCGGAUGCAUGUGACUCCAGCCGUCCUGGAGACCUUUUUGGCCCUCACACAGUAUCUGGUAGAACUACCCACCGGUAGCAUGCUCCUCAAACACCUGUUUGACCACAUUUUAUUCAACCCUGCCCUGUGGAUUCAUGCCUCGGUAGAGGUGCAGACCAAAUUGUACUGUUACCUAGCAACCGAUUUCAUCAGUAAUGCCCAGAUCUACAACAACAUUCGCCGAGUGAGCGCAGUUCUACAGACGAUGCACACCCUCAAGUUCUACUACUGGGUCGUCAACCCCAAGGAUCGGAGUGGCAUCACACCCAAGGGCACAGAUGGGCCACGGCCAACUUACGACGAGAUUAUCAAAUUACGUUCCUUCAUGCUGCUGUACAUUAAACAGCUGUUGCUUAAAGGUCAGGGAGUCCAAGAGGACGAGUUACAGAGCAUCCUCAACUACAUGUCCACACUUCACGAGGAUGACAAUCUGAUGGACGUACUUCAGUUGACGGUGUCCCUGAUGGCAGAACACCCAGCCUCCAUGGUGCCCUCCUUCGACAAGAAAAACGGCAUCAGGACCGUGUUUAAACUGCUGGCAUCAAAUUCAGAACCACUGCAAAUUCAGUCCCUCAAACUCCUCGGCUUUUUCCUUAUGAGGGCCACACACAAGAGGAAGGCUGACUGUAUGGGCCCACACAACCUCUUCUCUCUGAUUGGUGAACGGCUGAUGCUGAAUGAGCAGAGUAUCACAUUACCUGUAUAUAACGUCUUGUUUGAGCUGCUGACAGAGCGCUUGUCUGGUGACAGUGUGAUGAAGAAACAUGUGGAGCCAGAGUCAUAUUUUAGGAUAGAAAACUCAGCUGUCCUGAAGGUGGUGGCUACAAUGAUUCGCCAGUCAAAGCCAACAUCAGAGGUCGCAGAGGUCAAGAAGACAUUCCUAUCAGAUCUGACAAUCCUGUGUAACAACAAUCGGGAAAAUAGGAGGACAGUCCUACAGAUGUCUGUGUGGCAGGACUGGCUGUUCUCCCUAUCCUACAUAUAUUCGCGUAACGACGAGGAACGGAAAAUUACAGAUAUGGUCAUGUCAUUGUUCCGGAUGCUGCUACAUCACGCUAUCAAAUUUGAGUAUGGUGGCUGGAGGGUGUGGAUAGACACGCUGGCCAUACUCCACUCUAAGGUUGCUUACGAGGAUUUCAAAAUCCACAUGUCAAAGAUGUACCGUCAGUAUGACCAGCAGCGAGUUGACGAUGUUGAUCCACAAGAAAGACAGAAUUACCCAAUCAGCACUAUCUCCGGCAUAUCUGACCCUGCCCUCCAGGAACAGCAGACGCAAAUCAAAAGCUCCGUCCAGAUCAAAGAAGUGGAAAAGUCCAGUACAGAAGAAACUAAACAAGAAGAAAAACCUGAAACAAUACAAAAUGGUGAUGCUGAAGGUCAUCAGAAGGAUGAAGAAGGGAAAGUGGAGAAAGCAGAAGGGGAUGGGGAGGCAUCAGAGGACCUAAAAGAGGAUGGAAAAACAUCAGAAGAAAUGAAGGCACCAGCAACUAAUGCUAAAGAUGAUGCUGCAGCUGGUGCCAAAUCGGAGGAGGUACCUGACGAGAAAAUUAGUGACAUUCCAAGGGGGAUAAGUACCACUGGUGUCAGGAGGAACCCCUCUAGGGCACAGUCAUUCCGGGGCAGCAUGGAAUCCCAUGGCAACAGACAUGUGUUCAGCCCCGGUCCCCGGGCCCCACCCUUCAGGAUCCCUGAGUUCAGGUGGUCAGGACUUCACCAGAAACUUCUGUCAGAUCUUCUCUUUUCUGUAGAGACCGACCUCCAGGUCUGGAAAAGCCACAGUACAAAGACAGUGAUAGACUUUGUCAACUCCGGAGACAACCACGUGUACGUCGUUAACGUCACCCACAUGAUCUCACAGCUCGCCGAUAAUCUGAUCACGUCCUGUGGAGGGUUACUUCCCUUGUUAGCAGCUGCCACCUCUCCAAACGGGGAGGUGGAGAUUUUGGAGCCCACCCAAGGCCUCAGUAUAGAGCAGGCAGUGUCCAUCCUGCAGCGCAUCAUGAAUAUGAUGGACGUCUUGGUGUUUGCAAGUUCCACAAAUUUUGCUGAGCUGGAACAGGAGAAGAAUAUGCCGUCCGGUGGAAUAUUGAGACAAUGUUUACGCCUGGUGUGUACAUCGUCGGUGAGAAACUGUCUGGAGUGUCGACAUCGUCAACGCCCCCACUCCCCACCCGGCAGUCCUACAAGUUCAAGUAGUCGUAGUUCACGCAACAUGAACGGCCAUGACCCUAUACAGUCGCUGAUCAUGGCUUCACAUCCCACUGAACGGAAUAUCAUUGAAAAUUUGAACGAGCAGACAUCUCCUAUCAAGGACUACGAAAAGCUUCUCCAAGAUAUGGACAUUAAUCGUCUCCGUGCAGUGGUGUAUCGUGAUGUCGAGGAAACAAAACAGGCACAGUUCCUAGCCCUGGCUAUCGUCUAUUUCACUUCUGUUCUGAUGGUAUCGAAAUAUCGAGACAUCCUAGAACCACCAACCCCAGCGGCCACGCCAACUAGGAACUCUCACCGGCAGUCAAUCAACUCGCCCUCAGAUGAGGAGCUGGAGAGUGGAGAGGAAGUGGGGACCAGUGAGGGGGACCUCACACAGGAGAUUACAGAGGAGGAAGAACAGGACGAGGAGGAACCCCAAGGGGAGCCCCUGCAGAACAAUGUAGAUGAGGAACCGCGUGAACGAGUCAAAAUCAAGGCUGAUAUUCAUAUAACUGACUCCACAGAAGUUCCUAAGACAACUCAAACUGAUGUGCCAGUUUCAGGGGACAAUAUGGCUUUAAGAAGAAGCAUUCAAAGCAGCUUGCAAAUGACAUGGCUCGACGAAGAUGAAGACUCCGAGUCUAUUGAUGAGUCUAGUACCGACCUUAACAGAACUACUGACUCAGCAGAUGUAGGAGAGGAGGUUGAGGAAAAAGAAGAUGAGGAUGCUACAGAGGACAAGGAGACCACAGACAAGGUGGUGGAAGGAGCAGAGGAAAAGAAAGAAGAUGAAGUAGAAGACAAGAAAGAAGAAGAGCAAGAAGAGGAAAAAGAAGAGGAAAAAAGUGAAGAGGAAACUGCAACUGAACAAAAAGUGGAAGACAAACCUGAGGAUGAACAAGAGGAGAAAGAGGAAGCUGAAGGAGGGAGUGACCCAGAAAGCACACCCCAGGGAAGUGAGGCUACACAGGAGGAGGGCAAAGGAGAAAGGCCUGAAUCAGAGGGUCAGGAAGCUGAGGAGGUGCAACAGAAGAGUUCUGAUGCUCCAAAGGAAUCCCAACCAGUGGCGACAAGUCAGCGUGUGGAUGAUCCUCAGAGCAAGCCAGACAAUUUACCGAUCUCCGCCAUUACGGUGGACGUCCACAGUGACCGGCAGCAGAAACCGCAUUUAGAGAACCUGGACCUACAGGCAGCGAACAUGCCCAUGCCUGUAGACAACCUACCUUCUCUUUCUGGGGAGGGAGGGUCGUUGACAGAACGGCUGGAGCGGGCACUGGGGCCAGUUGCACCACUGCUCAGGGAGAUUUUCGUGGAUUUCGCUCCAUUCCUGUCAAAAACACUGAUAGGGUCACAUGGACAAGAACUUCUUAUUGGAGGCCUGGUGACCUUGAAGCAGAGUACAUCAGUGGUGGAGUUAGUCAUGCUGUUGUGCUCACAGGAAUGGCAGAACUCAUUACAGAAACAUGCCGGUCUAGCAUUUAUAGAACUAGUCAACGAAGGAAGGUUGUUAGCCCAUGCCACGAGGGACCAUAUUGUACGUGUGGCAAACGAGGCAGAAUUUAUCCUCAACAGAAUGAGAGCCGAGGAUGUUCAGAAACAUGCAGAGUUUGAGUCUCUAGGAGCCCAGACCAUGCUGGACAGAAAAGAGGAAGAAAAACUCUGUGACCAUCUUAUAAAAUCUGCAAAGCGAAGAGAUCAUGUAGCUGCUGUGAAGCUACGGGAUAAAAUACUCAACAUACUGUCAAACAAGCAUGGAGCUUGGGGAAACUCCCCCAACAGGAGGUCAGAGCAUUGGAAGUUGGAUGUGUGGGAGGAUGAUUCCAGGAGACGUAGACGACUCAUCAAGAAUCCCAAUGGUUCUUCGCAUCCUGACGCCACACUAAAGGCUGCUAUUGAGCAUGGAGCGACGGAGGAUGCCAUUAACCAGGCAAGGGAAGCAUUCCACGCCCACCUAGCUUCGACCAAGCGAGCACAACAGACUCCUGAUUACACAGACGAGGAGCUACUCAUGGAGGAGCGUGACUUUGAACAGGACUACGCAGGCCCUGUGGCACUGUCGACCACGUGUAAGUUGAUAGCGCCGGGAGUGAUGGUUAACGGGACGAUGGCCAUAACGAAGACGGAGAUGUACUUCGAGAUGGACGAAGACAACGAGGAGAACAAGAAAAUGGACCCAAAGGUUUUGUCCUAUGUGGAACAUCUCCAUGGACGGUGGCAUUUCAACGAAGUACGAGCAAUAUUUUCACGCCAAUAUCUCCUACAGAAUGUGGCUAUUGAAAUCUUCAUGGCAAAUAGAACGGCAGUCAUGUUUGCCUUCCCUGACCAUGCUACAGUCAAAAAGGUCAUCAAUGCACUACCUCGUGUGGGAGUGGGGGUCAAAUACGGACUCCCUCAGGCCAGGCGAAUGUCCCUAGCAUCAGGAAAGCAGCUGUUCAAACUUUCAUGUAUGACCCAGAAAUGGCAGAGACGGGAGAUUUCAAACUUUGAUUACCUUAUGUACCUAAACACAAUAGCGGGACGUACUUACAAUGAUUUGAACCAGUAUGCAGUCUUUCCCUGGGUGAUAGUUAAUUACGAAUCAGAGGAACUAGAUCUGGGUCAACCAAACAACUUCAGGGAUUUGUCCAAGCCUGUUGGGGCGCUGAAUCCCACGAGGAAGGAGUUUUUUGAUGAGCGAUAUGAGACAUGGGAACAUGACCAGAUUCCACCUUUCCACUAUGGAACACACUUCUCUACGGCAGCGUUCACUCUCAAUUGGCUCAUUAGAGUGGAGCCGUUUACAACAAUAUUUUUGAAUAUGCAAGGAGGCAAGUUUGAUCAUGCAAACCGGACAUUUUUCUCUGUUGCCCAAGCUUGGAAGAACUGCCAGCGUGAUACCUCGGAUGUCAAGGAGUUGAUUCCGGAGCACUUCUUCCUCCCUGAGAUGUUGGUCAACGAGAAUGGCUUCAAUCUCGGCACACAGGAUGACGGACUGGAAGUGAAGGAUGUCAUCAUGCCGCCCUGGGCGAAGAGUCCUGAGGACUUCAUCAGGACCAACAGGAUGGCCCUGGAAUCUGAGUUUGUGUCCUGUCAACUACACCACUGGAUUGACCUGAUAUUUGGAUACAAACAAAGAGGACCCGAGGCAGUGAGAUCCACCAAUGUAUUUUAUUACCUGACGUACGAGGGCAGUGUAGACCUGGAAUCAAUGACAGACCCUGUCAUGAAAGAGGCAAUUGAGAACCAGAUACGUAGUUUUGGCCAGACGCCCACUCAGCUACUGACGGAACCUCACCCCCCAAGGAGCUCUGUGAUGCACCUGGCUACUGAAAAAUACAAAAAAACAAGGAGUAUAUUACAUAAGACUCCAAUGAUGUUCUCGACCGUACAGGACGAUGUGUGUAUGAUUAUGAAGUUCCUGUCCAACUCGCCAGUGACUUACGUGGCUGCCAACUCUCACCCUGCCGUCCCUGUACCCGCCGUCACAACCAUCUCCUGUAGCCACAACUUCGCCAUCAAUAAGUGGAACCCCAGCUACCAGCAACAAGGCACACCAACAAGCUUUUCUUCAGAGAAGCCAGAAACUCAGGCAAACCUGCCCCUGUCAAUGGACCAGCUGCUCGCCCUCAACACAGGCCUACAGAGGCGCACCCUAGGGGAUAACUUUGACGAGAGGCUGAAGGCACAAAACUCCUCUUUUACCACAUCUGCUGACAACCGCUUCAUCUUCGCCUGUGGAUUUUGGGACAAAAGCUUCCGUCUAUUUUCUACUGAAACAGCCAAAAUCUUACAAGUGGUACAUGGCCACUUUGACGUGGUGACAUGCCUGACUCGCUCAGAGUGUAACCUAAAUCAGGACUGCUACAUCAUCACCGGCUCCAAGGACUGUACUGUGAUGGUUUGGAUGUUCACCGCCCGCAACAUGGCUAUUAUCGGUGACAAUGGCAGUCUGGAGCACCCCACCCCCAAGGCCACAUUGACUGGCCAUGAGUCUGAGGUUACCUGUGUCGCCGUCCUAGCUGAACUUGGCCUAGUCAUGAGUGGAUCACAAAACGGUCCAUGUCUGGUGCACACCCUGAGUGGGGAUCUGCUGCGGUCACUGGAGGCCCCCGAGGGCUGUCAAACACCUCAGCUCAUCACUAUGUCUAGAGAGUCCUUUGUCCUCGUCAAGUUUGACGAGGGUCAUAUAUGCAACUUCAGCAUCAAUGGUCGCUUACUUCUCAAUGUCCGACACAAGGAUAACAUCCAGUCAAUGAUCUUGAGUCGUGACGGCCAGUACAUGAUGUUGGGCGGUUCCAAUGGAGUGGUGGAGGUGUGGCGCUCACACGACCUCACCCUGCUGUAUGCCUACCCGCCCUGUGAUAGUGAGAUCAGGUCGCUCGCUCUCACUCAUGAUCACAAGUUUUUACUAGCGGGACUAGGAACAGGAUGUCUGUUGGUGUUCAACAUUGAUUUCAAUAAGUGGCACCAUGAGUACCAGGAACGGUACUGAGGAGUUUGUGGACACUAUGAGGAUCAGAAAUGGUAGUGAAGAGUCUGUUGGCAUCCUGUAUACCAGGAUUGGUACUCAGGAGUAGUUUGUUGGCACCACAAGUACCAGUACUGAAAGAUGUGGAACCAAUGAGGUCCAGGAGCAGAUUUGAGUGGUUUGUGUACACAAUGAGGACCAGGAGUGGUAUUGAGGACUACUAUGGCGCUGAGGGACAAUGUGCUGGCAACCUUUUGGCAUGUGUGUGUGUUGUGUGUCUGGACACUAGACUGGUGUGUGUGUGAGGGGCAAUCUAGUGAUGGUCAGCUUCACACCUGUAUUGAUAAUAUUUAUCUGUCUGCAGGAUAACACUUCUCCAAGACUUGUGUGAUGCAUUAAGACAGUUUUCAAUGUACAGAACUAAUUGUAGCUGAUUUAGAAUCACUAAAAAAAAGCGUGUCAAGUAGGGCAAGAUAUGGCACGACAGCUUAAGCUGAAUCAUUACUCUUAAGGACAAGUUGCAAUGCGACACUGCCACUAAAGCUUUUGAUCUGUAGGAUGAGUUUCAGUAACUCUGCUCACUAGCUUGUAAUUAUUGCCUUGUUGAGCAAGUUAUGGCACACAACCUCUAAAGAAAUCUUAUUUAUUGCCCCACAGGGAUAAUUAUACCGCUUGUUGGCCAACAGGGAGUUGUACAACCUGUUGCCCUUGUGGCACUGCCACUAAAACCUAUUGCCCUAUUUGUGGCACUGCCAAUAUAGUUUAUUGCCCUACAGUGCCAGUUGUGGUACAGCUGCUGUAAUAAUCUUACUUCUUUGUGACAAAUUUACUAUCACAUAUGGCUCUGUAGGGCAAUAGCUGUUGAAUAUUAUGAACUGAAGCUUAUAGUCAGAUUCAUUGCAUCUUUCACUUGGUUGAGACAAUUUUUUUUUAAAUUUGCACUUAUUUAUAUGAUAGCAUACAAAUAGUGUAAGAACUCAGCAAGUUAUAAAUUGCCUGCAAAUUAGAUUAAGCUAGUGAAUGUUUGACAAGAGGGAUUUUUUGUCCCUUUGUAGUUCUCUUAAGAUGCCUUUAAACCUUGUUAGGGUGUCCAAAUGUUACAUGUUUAAAACUUGAUAACCACUAGUCUAUAUUAAAAUUUACUGACGACUAUUUUAAUACUAUUUGAAAUUUAUUUUUCGUCGUUUGUCUGAAUCAAUAUUGACCAACUCAAAAGCUAUGUGCAUACUAAUUUAUCUUAUUUAAUAAUUAAAAGUUUGUCUUUUAAACUAUCCUGCAAUAAAAAGCUACUUUGAUUGUGACAUGGAUUUAAUCCAUUCCCACGACGUUGCUGUUAUACUGAUGUAAAAUUACGUACUUAAGUAUGUGACAUCAUUUUGCUGAUUUAACAAAACCCAAUGCAUGAUGUGCGGUUUAUUCUAUGAAGUUUACAUAUGUGUACAUAACACUUUACACUCAUGUCAACAGUUUAACAGUGGCUCCGAGAUGUAUGCUCAGUAAAAUGUCCGCUACCAUUCCAGAGUUACUGACUGUGGUAUCUCCUGUUUAUUUUACAUUUAUACCGACAAUUUGUUAUGUUCUGUGUUAUUGUGGUUACGUAACUGGUGUUUUUAUGAUUUGUUCAAGUUUAAAUUAUGUACUGUUGUAUUUGAUCAAUUCUCAGUCUAAAGGUCACCUGGUGUCAUUGAUGACCUAAGCAAACUGGUAGGUGAUCAACAUUGCACGAGUUCUCUGAUCUAAAUCCAGAAGAUUAAAACUAUUGUGAAUGGGGAAAGUUUCAAUACUCUGUUUGCCCUCAAAGCAAAAUCUCUGGAUCAAUAGUAUAAUCUUCUGAUAAUUAAUUCACUGGAGCAAAAAAGGAUGUGAAAAUUUACUCAUAAUUCACAGUACUGAUGACAGAGGAUGAAUGUUGAAAAAACCCUGAUAAAAACUUAAUGUUAGAAACAUUCUGUAUUCUUUUUUAUAAUUAAAAAAAAGUUAUAAAGCAGGAAAGUCUGUAAAGAUGUUAUUUUUUACUUGCUAUAAAAUUUGAGAUUUAUUUGUUCACUAGGUACUUAUUACCAUAGGAUAGUGUUUUGAUAAUAUAUGUAUGUAGGAUACUCUCAAACUCUGAAUUUGAAUUUGAAUUAAUUCAAAGGUGAUAGGAUGCUUUAUAUAAGAUUUUAAUCACAUUCCUAUUACUUGGUUGAAAUACUUUGAAAUUGAUUUUUUAUAUUUUUUCAUAAGUGUGUUUAUCAUACACUUUUAGGUAGGUUGUAAAAUGAUUGGUCAAAAGUUGAUCAAGAAAAUAGCUUGGCACAGUCAUGUUUUCAGCAUCCUAACAUAAAAUGGGUUGAUGUAUGCUGUUAUUACUAAAUAAAGUAUUCCACUUGGUAUUCUUUUAAAACAAUAUUACGCUUGUAUCACUUUGUAUUCUUUUAAAACAAUAUUACGCUUGGAUCACUUUGUAUUCUUUUAAGAAGAUAUAACGCUUGCAGUCCAACAUCUCAAUGGAGCACUAUGCAUUGUGUAGUUUAGAGAUAGUAUGAUUGACAUUAUAUAUCUUCUCUCUGGUAGUUUAAUGCCUUGCUCCUCUUUAUAAUUUACUGGGGUCCACUUCAAGUAUUGAUGAUGCAAGAUUAUGGUGAGGAUGUAAACACAAUUUCGUGUUAACUGUUUGAGGUAGACAACAUGAUUAUGACAUGUUGUCGGUGUAUAUACUAUAUAGUUAUAUAUUAAUGUAAAUAGAAAAUUUUAAGAAAAGAUUCCCACCAUGGAAGUUUCUUCCAUUAAAUGGAAGUGGUUUUUUUAUGUACCCUGAUUUGAAAUUGCCUAAAAUUGGGCAGGCACUUAUCUCGUUUUUUUCUGUGGACAGGUACCUAAUUAGGAAUAGAGUGAGGGACAUUCUUAACCAAAGGGGAAGGGGACGGGGAGUCUUCAGGAAUUGAUUCUCAUUAAUCAUUCACUUGCAUGCUGAUGUCUGUAGUUAAAUCCUCUCUAGCUUUGAAAGACUUGACUUUUGCUAUUUUUUUCUUCGUUUAUUUUAUUAAAGGAAAAAUUUAAUGUACAGUUAAUGCCCAAAUUUGUUCCUGUAUGCAUUUCCUUUAGUAAGUAAUGGAUGAGAAAAACACUUAGAUGGGCAACGAGAAGAUAAAAAAUUAAUUAAGAAAUUCAAAAUUAGAAUUCAGUAAUUAAAAAUUAUUUUACGUGAAAUUAAAGAUAACUGCAUUUGAAAGGCAAUGGUCAUUAUCUCAAUUCUUAGGAUAGAUGAUUACAAAAAAUGUCUUUGUAUCCAACGUUUUAAUAUCUUAAAAUGAGGAAGCUUUUACCUAUGGGGCAUUUGUCCAUCCUUAUAGGUAAUUACAUGGUUUAUAGAUAUAUUUAUGUAUAUUGUUAUUUGUGUGUAUAUGUGUACGUUACCAGGUACGUAUGUAUUCAUCGCUAACCAGAUUUGUUUUUAGAGAGGCUAUUUAUACAUAUUAUUUUGGAUGAUAAUAUAUCAAAUUCAUUAUUUCAUGAACAAAACAUAUCAAAACUCUUAAUUAUUCUUUUCUUUGAUGAAUUUGUUACUUGUGUUUGUGAUAUAGAGCAGCUUUUACUGAGUUUGGUGUAUUUAUAUGUGACACGUUGAUACUGACCAGCAUCCACACUGACCGGGUCAGAGAUUGGUAUGGUAGCAAUAGCCACACUUAAUAAAAGUUUUGAGUCAGGUC